ACACACGCAUACGCACACGGGGUCCCUCUCUAAGCUCAAAAGCAGGAAAAAUUGCGCCACUCUUGGAGCGUCUUUCAAGGGGGAAAAAGUUGAGGAAGACAGAAGAGGACGAACCAAGAGGAGACUCGAAUGAAAGCGCCUCCUUCGCAGUUUCUCCUCACUGUAAAUAGAUGGUUAUUUAUGCGCAUAAAUGAAACAAUCCUAAAGGUAGUGGUGCGUCUCUUUUUGGAUACAUAGUGGGAGAGCACAUGCUACGCUCUGGUUUUCCCCGGACAGAAACGUAAACUUCAGUGCUACUGGAUCUUGAAGUUGCUCGGUUUGUCGCUGUAGACAGAACUACUGGUGUCUCCGUGCGUUUGGACGGUGGAAUUUAUCUCAUCUCUGUAGAAUAAAACGCCGACGGCCGGGAAAAGCAACCUCCCCACCGGUGUCUACAACUGAAGCUGUUUCUUUGAAUUAUCAGAAUGGACUCCCAUUGCCGUAAACUGGUCACCACCUGCGCACAAAUAGAAAAGGAGAAGAUACAAAAUAAAAAUGAAGACUCUUCAGAUGACCCUUCCAAAAAGAAGCGACAGCGGCGGCAGAGGACUCACUUCACCAGCCAGCAGCUGCAGGAGCUGGAGGCCACUUUCCAGCGGAAUCGCUAUCCGGACAUGAGCACAAGGGAGGAGAUAGCCGUGUGGACCAACCUUACGGAGGCCCGAGUCAGGGUGUGGUUCAAGAAUCGGCGAGCCAAGUGGAGGAAGAGGGAAAGAAACCAGCAAGCAGAGCUUUGCAAAAACGGCUUCGGGCCGCAGUUCAAUGGACUCAUGCAGCCCUACGAUGACAUGUACCCUAGCUACACAUACAACAACUGGGCUGCCAAGGGCCUCACAUCUGCCUCUUUAUCCACAAAAAGCUUCCCCUUCUUCAACUCCAUGAAUGUCAACCCCUUAUCCUCGCAAACCAUGUUCUCACCGCCCAACUCCAUAUCCUCUAUGACUUCCAGCAUGGUGCCAUCGGCGGUCACCGGCGUACCGGGCUCCAGUCUCAACAGCCUCAAUAACUUGAAUAACCUCAGUAACCCGUCUCUCAACUCGGGGGUGCCCACGCCGGCGUGUCCCUACGCCCCUCCGACCCCUCCUUAUGUGUACAGGGACACUUGUAACUCUAGCCUGGCCAGCCUGAGACUGAAAGCCAAGCAGCACUCGAGUUUUGGAUACGCCAGUGUGCAGAAUCCGGCCACUAAUCUGAGUGCUUGCCAAUAUGCCGUGGACAGGCCAGUCUAAUACCUACCUGCACUGCAAAAAAUAAUCAUCUUAGCAAGAUAUAAGAGGCUAGUAGGGACGCUUACAGUUACAUUUUUCUCUAAAGACAGUGGCCAUCUCUGGUGGUGCGAUUGUUAUAGACUUUUUUGCGUGUAUCAAGAUUUUGUUUUUUAAUUUUUUGGCGAUCUUUGCCAGUUGGAAUGUUACUUGCAGUAUUCCGACCCUUUUCCUUAAUACACUGCCACUUGCUCCGGUAAAAAUCUAAAAUCUUAUAGGAAACAUGUGGGAUUAUCCCAUCGCAUCACAUUCAUUUUCUUUCUUUUGAAGGGGCAAAUGUGAUUUGAGGGUGAUUACAAUCCCAGAUAGCUUGCUAUGGUGGUCAUUUUUUGCAGUGUGAGGGUAAUCACAAACAGCCGGCCACAGGAACAAGAGACUACUACAAGUACUUUUUCAUUUUUCAAAAAGGGCACUAGAAGACUGAACCACUGAAACAAGCUCAACUACAGGUCGGAGUCAAACUGAAAUGGGACUUCUUAGGUUUGUUCCCCUUUUGAUGAGUCCAGGCCUGCUUCACACUGCGCCUCAGCGGAAAAGAAAAAAAGAAAUAAACGGAGAAAAAAAAGAAAAGAAAAAAAGGCCUGUUUUAUUUUUCACAACUCCUCAUAAGGGUUUUCUGGUGGAUUUUUGGACGGUACCUAUUGACUGAAAAGGUUGUAUAUAUAUUUGAAUUAUCAUCUCCUGUUUGUCGAGGCGAAUGCGCUAUAACCCCACGUCCUCUCCAGGUUCAAUUUAUCAACGCAUGUGGAAAAAAAUCUCUAAAAAGGAAUCAUGUUUUGCUUGCAAACAAAAGGGAAUGUACAUACUAAAACGCACCAGUUGUGUGUUUCUAACAUAUUAUAAAUUUAUUAUUAAUGUCUGUGUGAAUAUCGAUUUAGAAUAGCAAUUCUGGAUUAAAAAAAAAAAGUUCAAAUCAAAA